CUUCCGGAUGCGGUGAAUAGCAAAGACGAUGAAACCACCGCUCCUACGAGGAUUAAUUAAAACGGCCAGACGCUUUCGGUGCACUUAGCAGAGAUAUCUACACCGGCCAGGCUAUUUUCAUCUAGAUAGGUUGAGUCAGUUGAGACAGCGCGGUUUGACCGUCUUCCUUUGAGCUGUUUUGCUAUUUUACAAAGUGUUUAUAUCCUCGAGCUGCUAGCUUAAGCCUCGGUUAGCUGGUGCGCAGACAACGGGCUGUCUCUGAGAUGAUAAUCGGACUCGCUGCUGUUUAACCUGAUACAGCUCUCCCUUCUUUCCUUGUUCAGUGGGGUGCAGCUGUCUACGUGUUUUGGGUCUAUGUUAGAAGCGUUUACAUAGUCUUUACGGACCUACUACCGCGACUAUCCUACAUACAGGUUUGGUUAUUAAAAAAAAAAAAAAAGUAAAUAGUAUCUGAAAUCAAGUUACAACUUAACAAAAUGGCUGGACUCUGGACUUCAAUCUCUUCCAGGAAAACACUGCAGAUAGUUUGUAAAUAACACUUCCCUGUCAGCUUCUAGGCUGCUCUACUUUAGCAUUGUUCUGCCGACAGGACACUUAAAACUACAUUCCGUGUUGGAAACUGAAGAGGAAGACGACAUCCUUUAUUUAUUUAUACUUGUUGGUCUAAGCCACGUUUAUCUUUUCAUACUCCAAGAUCUUCAGCUCAACAGUGAAGGAUGAAUGGCCUCUCUCUCAGAGAGCUCUGCUGCCUGUUCUGCUGCCCACCAUGCCCAAGUCGCAUCGCAGCCAAGCUGGCCUUCCUGCCUCCGGAGCCCACAUACACCUUUCUGCCAGACCCUGAAGCAGGCCCUCCCACACCGGGUGCAACUGGGACGUCAAGCCUGCGGUCAAGGACUGGCGCUUCAGUUUCUGGAAGCGGGGGAGCUGGUGCUGUGGAGGGGAGGUGCAAGCUUCACCUGACAGAAAGAGCAGAGUUUCAGUACACUCAGCGAGAGCUUGACACCAUCGAAGUCUCCCUCACACGCUCCAGUAGAGGCAACAAAGUCGGCUGCAUGUACAUUCGCUGUGCACCAAAUGCCAGAUUCACCGUGCUCUUCUCCCACGGCAACGCGGUCGACCUCGGCCAGAUGAGCAGCUUCUACAUCGGCCUCGGCACACGAAUCAACUGCAACAUCUUCUCCUACGACUACUCAGGUUAUGGAGUCAGCACAGGGAAACCCACCGAGAAGAACCUCUAUGCAGACAUAGAUGCUGCCUGGCAUGCCCUGCGCACACGAUAUUGCGUAACCCCAGAGAACAUUAUCCUGUACGGACAGAGCAUUGGUACAGUUCCCACUGUGGACUUGGCUUCCCGUUAUGAAUGUGCUGCUGUGGUUCUUCACUCACCUUUAACGUCUGGGAUGAGAGUGGCCUUCCCUGAAACAAAGAAAACCUACUGUUUUGAUGCUUUCCCCAACAUCGAAAAAGUCUCUAAAAUCACUUCUCCUGUUCUCAUCAUCCACGGGACGGAGGACGAGGUGAUCGAUUUUUCUCACGGCCUGGCCCUGUACGAGCGCUGCCCUAAGGCCGUGGAGCCCCUCUGGGUGGAGGGAGCGGGACACAACGACAUUGAGCUGUACAGCCAGUAUCUGGACCGUCUGCGACGUUUUAUCGGACAGGAGUUGGCUGUUCAACAUGCCUGACCUCCACAACCGCAUCAUCAUGUCACUUUCUUCUUCCUCCGGCGAGCGAUGCCUCCCUGAGUGGAAGAGGAACGCAGCUGUCCAACUUGGUCCAAUGGAAUAUAGUGUUCCACGCAGCGUUACUGUAGGCCUUUAAAUGGACCAACAAGGCACAAAGGAAAUCUUUAUAAUUAGAUCUAUUUAGUUUGGAAGACGACAUUAUGACGGAAUCUCUUCAGGCUUGUUUUCUUUUUUUUUCUGUGUUGCUAAUCUCUCACACCAGCUCAAAGCUGCAUAUUUCUCUGCAACAGGAAGGCUAGCACCAACACUAAACAGGCCGAUGUCUUUUUCAAGCCUCUAAAUAUCUUUUUUUUUUUU